AGAAUCAGAAAUUUUUCCCCAGCCGAGUGCGUGAGUGAGCGAGCGAGCAGGCGAUUGCUGGCUGACUCGGUGUGGCCCUUUCCUCGACCGUGUGCCAGUGCCCGUGUAGUGUCCAUCCAACAGCUCUCCAGUGCGUGCUUUCCGGGGGCUCUCGGAACGGCUAGAGUGUUAGCAAACUCGACGAAUCCCGCGAUCUUCAUUUAACGCGACCAACAACGACAAACGACAACAACACGAUGGCAUCCCGCGGAGGCCCAAUGGUGAUCGGCACGGACGGAGCAGAUUUCGAGCACAGGCAACGUGUGGCCGCUCAUUACCAAAUCAGCGCCCUCAACAAAGCCCGGUUAAAAUACUGCAUUUUCUUCCACUAUCUGCUGUUCUUCGUGAUGCUCCUGAAGCUAUCUGCGGACAUCCUCGAUCGCCUGGACAUCUUCAUUCUGGAAAUCGAGGAGCUCCAGAUCCCGAAACCUCUCUGGUGGGAAUACUUCUGGUGCCUGUCGGUGUUCCUGUCCUUCAUCGGUCUUUCGGCCGCCCGCCGCAACCGCAUAAACGACAUGAAGAAGUACAUGGUCGGCAUUAGCACCGUGGCAUUUGUUCCACUACUCUACUGCAUCAUCUACUACCUGAACGACGUGCUGGAAUAUCUGAACCUGGAAGAGGGCACCGACCUAGACGAUACCGAAAUUUUCGUCUGGCAGGUAAUUGGAAUGCCGUACGGAGUUCUCUGGUACGGAUUCGUUCUGGUAGCCCUGCAGGUGCAUUUCUUCUCGCUGUACUUCGCCUGGAACCUGGUCAAAGCAUGGAAGGCUCGUGGAACACUCCGGAAGGAUCAGUAAAUAUCGGGAGCGCUGACCUGCACUGGGACAAAUUCAACAUCAUGCAUUGAAAGACAAUAUUUAUUAUUUUCUUGUUUCAAACAGCUAUGGAGAUUUAUACAAAAAAAAAGUAGAGGGUAGCACCUGUCAAGUCAUGUUAUAUGUAACUGUUAAAACUUUAUUUAUUUGAACCGGACUCGAAAGAAUGGUCAAUCAUUAGGGAAUGCACGUUUUGAUCUGGUGUUUUGAAUACUAGAUAGAUUGGAAUAAAAAUCAAGAAAAUUGGAAUAAAAGAAGCUUAAAAUACCAAAUUUCUCCAUGGACGUUUUAGACAUUUCGAAUCACACGAAAAGUAGAUCAAACGCAAAACAGUGCUGUAGAAUGUGAUUUUGUAAUUUUACAAAUUCAGCAAAUAAUGUUAUGUUUUCAUCAAAUAAACCAAGUCAGACAUCUUCAUUAGUUUGAACCCUUUUAAACCCUAUUUUUCACUUUCCCAAUUCUUAGAUUUCAAUGGAUUUUAUUACAUACAUCAUGGGGUUUUUGUUCGUUUAUUUAAAAGUUAUCAUCUUGAAACUCUCACUGUUUAUAUAUCUUGAGAAAUCAUAACUCGGUUCCACUUAAACAAUUCAGUGAAGUACUUUAUAGCACCUAAGGCAAUUGCGAACGAAUUUAAGGCUGCCAUUUACUUUAUGUAAAUAAAACUAAACCUAGUUUCUCUGUUGCUACCUUAAAUGUAGUCUCCUCAAAAUAUUCUCUCUCUGCUAAUUUCUACCAUCCAUUCAGAGUUAAGUUGACUAUUUGCUAGGCAGAUCGUGUUAAAAUAAAAAGAACACCUAAACAUGCUCAAUUUUACCGACCGAACUAAACCAGAUAAUGACUUUUGGGGUCGACCGUAAGAAUAAAUAACCCUCAAGUAGUGAUUGAUAUUAGUUCACAAUCUUAACCAAUCGCAAAACAAGUUGUAGGUUUGUAGAAAUAUUUAUGAACACAAACUCAGUAGAAAUGAAACAAAAACGAAUAACAAACCUUUGCUCAUACCUGACAGUUGAAACUUGAGGCGAACUGUACAUUUUACUGCUACCAAACUGAAACCGGCAAUCGAAUCGAUAACAAUUGUGUAGAACUGAUAGUCUGGCUAAGAGAAUAUAAGAAAAUAAAUGGAUUAAAACAGGAAUGUUUCGAUUGAACAAUACUAAAGCGAUUGCAAAGAUGUUAAGGAUAACCUUAUUAUAGCGUUAUCGUUUGAGAUAGAGUUUUUUAAGCAGAAUCAGGUUCUGUGUAUUUUUCUAUUUCUUUUUAUCUGGUUUUUUAGAGGGGAGUCACUGUUUGUGAGCAAAGUUCCGAACACAAUCACACACUAAUCACACACUCUUUACAUCGACUGUUGGAACACUUUUAAAACAACAAUAGAGGAAAAAAAUAAAGUUGCGUAAAAUGGUACAGAA